AUGAAGGGCCACGAGACCAUCGCGGCGAGCACCCUCGAGGCGAUCGGCUGGAUGCUGGCCAAGAUCCUCGGCAAGGAGUCGUGCCCGGUGACGGUGCAGGACGAGUUCAAGUGCUGGUCGUCGGACGGCAUGGACUGGCCCCGGCCGUACGUGGGCUGGGAGCGGCUGGACAAGUCGUACAAGGAGUUCUGCGAGGGCCCACAGCCCCCUGCCGACACGGUCAACUGGCAGAGGGAGGAGAGCUACAACGAGGUCACGAUCGAGGAGCACAAGUACAAGGUCAGCCUGAGCGACGGCGCCUCGCAGUUCGACAAGCACGAGUGCCUCGACUCCUUUAAGAAGCUCAUCUUCAGCUGCGACACGGACACGGGCGGCGGCAGCAAAAACCCGAUGGGCCGGAAGUACGGCGGGCGGUACGUCCGCGGCGACACGACGUGCGAGCUGAACCCCAGGUGGGAGCGGCCCACGCACACGCACACGCGCGCCGACGGCAUGUGCAGCUACAAGAACGGCUGGCUCUACUGCGAGUACCGCAUCAUGGGCAAGGGCUGGGCCGGGUGGGACCACGGCGGGGAGACGCUGCUGCCGGCGCUCAAGGGGUGCAAGCUUCUGACCCCGACGGCGUUCCUGUUUGAGUACUGCGCGCCCCGCGGCGAGAAGUUUUGCGAGGGGCACGACUGGUAUGCCGCGUUCCGCACCACCAUAGGGGUCAACGGCCGCUGCAUGGACAACCAGAACGUAGUCGCCAAGUCGGCCGGCGGGCACUUUCACAAGUACAAGGAGGAUGGAGGCAGUUAUGAUGAUGGUGGAUGCACAGAGAAAUGA